ACCAUAUCACUUCAAUAAUAGUUAACCUAAGUGAUCCAUGUUAAAACCGAAUUAUGUCUAAUUUCCUGCAUAUACCCUUCUUUCAAAAUUAUAUAGAGUAAAAAAUCUUAGUCAUCUGGACUCGAUAGCUUUUGAAAAAUUCAGAACUUUAUGGAAUUUAGUAAUUAUAGAUUGAUUAGACUCUGUGUCUUAAAGAAUUAAGAAGAAGAACAACAACGACAACAUGUAUAGAUACUUCACUAGAUCACCUGUUGUUCGUCAAUCAGCAGCCAGAUUUUCUCAAAGAUUAUAUUCCAAUGCCACUGUUAGACCUCAAGUUAACUUCAAUAGAAAGGUUAAGUUGAUCUCGGGUUUAACUGCCACUUACUUUGCCUAUAGUUAUCUUAAUAACACCAUCAACAAUGAUACUGAUGUGGAAAAGAUAGAACAAGAGUUACAAGAAGCUAUCACCAAGACCGAAUUGGAAGCUCAACCUGAAACUGUCGUUGUAACUGAAGAAACUGUCAUUGUUGAAGGUGGCGAAGAAGGAGGUGAAGAACAAGAAGAAGUUCCAAAUCAUGAAGGGGCUGCUUAUAAUCCGGAAACUGGGGAAAUCAACUGGGAUUGUCCAUGUUUAGGAGGAAUGGCUCAUGGUCCAUGUGGUGAAGAAUUCAAAGAAGCCUUUGCUUGUUUUGUUUAUUCCGAAACUGAACCAAAGGGUAUUGAUUGUAUUAAAAAGUUUGAAGCCAUGAGAUCUUGUUUCAAGAGAUAUCCUGAACAUUAUAAAGAAGAAUUAUAUGAUGAUGGAGAAGAAGCUACUCCAUCUGCUCCAAUAGAUGAAACCGUUGAAGAACAACCUGUUGCUAUUGAAGAAGCUAAAUAAGCAAUCAAUCAAGAAUAGAUAUUUGGGACACUAAUUGCAUUAGAGUAGUAUAUACUAAUAUUUAAAAAAUUUGUACAUAGCGUUAUUAAUAAAAGCAUUAUUAUUAUUAUUAUAAUUAUUAUAUUCAUUAA